AUGAAACCACCGACAAAUGCAGCGCUUUUACAUGAUGUGGACAUACCUACAAAGAAGGCUACAUUCGGCAUGGGUUGUUUUUGGUCUAACGACUCAUUGUUCGGAGCAACACCAGGAAUUAUUCGCACAAGAGUGGGAUACGCUGGUGGGACCACGAAAAAUCCUCAUUACAGAAAUAUAGGAGACCACACAGAAGUUAUAGAAUUAGACUAUGAUCCGAAAACAGUGACCUUUGAAGAACUUCUCGAUAUAUUUUGGGCGAACCACGAGUACGGACUCACGACUAAACUCAAGAGACAGUACCAAUCUAUGAUUCUGUACCACGAUGAAGAACAGCGCCAAGUGGCUGAACAGUCUUACAAGAAGAUGCAGGAGAGAUGCAAGGAACCAUUACGAACUGAGAUCGCACCAGCAGACACCUUCUACGCAGCGGAGGAUUAUCAUCAGAAAUAUAGAUUGCAAGGUCACAAGGAUUUGUGUCGAAGUCUAGGUCUAGAUUCAUCUAAACUACAAACUUCCCAUCUAGCUGCUAGACUAAACGGCUACCUUGUGGGAGUGGGAGGGAAAACUCAGUUUGAGGAGGAAGUCAACAAAUUAGGUCUCAGCGAGAAACAAGCGGACUACGUGCGUCAUGAAAUCGAACGCAACGAAGGAGGCGGUCUAGCUUGUUAG